ACUCGUACUGUCUCGAAAUCUCAUUCAGUGUGUAAUCAGGUAUUUAAACCAGCCACAUUCUACCCCAGACAUCAUUCACUCUUCAGUCUCUUCACUCACCAAAUCCAAAACACAAAUCAAUCAACAUGUUCAAGCUGGUGGCCUUCGUAGCUCUUCUCUCCGUUGCCGCGGCUAAGCCAGGCAUCCACUCCGUGGCGUACCCCGCGGUCCCUGCAGUGGCACCAGUCGCUGCGUACACCGCUGCGUACACUGCCCCCAUUGCCGCCGCUUACACUGCUCCCCCGCUGGUGGUGAGCUACGCGACGCCGGUGGCGGCGGCGUACACGGCGCCCGUGGCGGCAGCGUACACCGCCCCCGUCGCCUACUCAGCCUACUCCGCCUACUCGCCACUCGCCUACUCUGCGUACAGCUACGCUCCUUACUCUGCCUACUACGUCUAAGGAAUCAAAGCAAUGAUUGGUCUCGAAUUUAUUAAGUUAUUUAUUUAUUCAAUUUUGAGACCAAAUUAUUGUUUAACACGGGACCUACGCUACACUAACUAUAACGAUUAUGCCGAAUAAAUACGGAUAUUAAGUUAUUAAU